AUGUCGAGCUUUCUGUCCCAGCUUCAAUACCAGCCGGUAAUAUUGCUAACCCUUCAGCAACAGAUCGCUAGUGUUCAAAACAGGUUCUCCUCGAUCAGGCCACCACAGGAGUUCCUGGAUUAUAGGAGAUUCUCCAAGCCCCAGAACUUUGGCGAAAUUCAGCAGAGAGUCAGCUUCAAUUUGCCUUAUUUCCAAGCCAACUACAUCGCCAUCAUUCUUCUACUGUCGGUGUACGCACUUGUCACAAACGCACUGCUCCUUUUUGUUCUUGGAUUCACCGGGUUUGGUAUUUAUUUCAUCUCCAAGUUGAAAGGUGGGGACUUGGAGUUACCUAUGGGAAGACUCACCACAUCACAACUUUACACAGGGCUGGCUGUGAUUGCUGUCCCACUUGGGUUCCUUGCCUCGCCUAUUAGUACUAUGAUGUGGCUGAUCGGAACUUCAGCUGUUACGGUGUUGUCUCAUGCCAGUUUGAUGGAGAAACCUAUCGAAACGGUCUUCGAGGAGUCGGUUUGA